GGACCAUUAAUCAAAUUAACUGAGUUAGAAAAAAAGAUUACUAAAGGAAUAUUACAAGCAGCUAUAAAUGAAGAAGUAAAAGCCAGACCACCAGUAUAUCUAUCAGCUGAAUAUUCAUUAUUAUAUAAUGAUAUGUUGAAUAUGCAAAUAUAUUCAUCUACCGUCAUAUUCUAUGAAAUGAGUAGAAUCAUCCAUGAUCUUACCUUUGGAAUGAGCUGUAUAAGAACAAGUAGAGAAGCCCAAAAGUUGAUUAAGAAGAUAAAUUCACACAAUGUUCAAUUCAAAGUCAUGAUCGCACUAAGAAUUCAUCAAUAUUUUUCAGAAUAUCCUGAAAAUUUAGAAUAUAAUAGAUUAGAUAAUUACUUUGCUCCUUCA